AGACUUGAGGUGUCCUGGAAACACUGUGGGUUAUAGUGUCCUUGAGCCCACUCCUGUGUUGAUAGUUGAGACCCAUGCUGGCCUGUGAUGGGGAAAGUGAAGAGAGACAGGGCAAGGAACACCUCCCAUCUUGGGCCCCAGGAUGGAAAAGUGAAGAAAAUGAAUCUAGUAAAGCCAGAUGAUCAUGUCAAGACAAUGAAGAAGAUCUCCAAUAAUUUUAUCUCAAAUACCAAGCAUAAUGUACAAGGUGUUGAAAAUAAAAAAUUGCAAGUUGAAUCAUUAGCAAAUAAGAGAAAGAGGAAAAAAAGCAAAAAUAAGUUCAAGCAAAUACAAGAUGAUGAAGUUUCCAGCACAUCAGCAAUAAUCAAAGAGAACUUACAGAUGCCAAAAUCUUCAGUUUCCACAAAAUUUUUACAUCCUUGUAAAGUUAAGUCAGACGGUGUGGAUUUUUCUCUUCUUUGGCUCAACUAUAAACCUCGUUCUACUCCUCUGAUAAAAGCUGGAAGUGAUUGGUACAUGCAGCUUAUGACUGAAGAGCCUGAGAUCAUUCCUACUGAUCCUCUUAUUAAGCAAAAGCUAAAGGAAUUAGCAGCUGAAAUUCUUCAGCACGAUGUUAUUAAUUACAACAGGAUUGAAGAAAGGGGGUCAAAAAUGCAAGAGGUUAAGUUUAGAAAAACUGUGAUGUCCCAUGGCACAUCACGAGAUAAAUUAGCUGCACAUGUCCUAAGGUGUAUGGACUCCCCAGUUCACAGUUUGAGUAACCUCAACUCUCUUAUAGCUAUGGUGACACCAAAAGCUAAGAGUGGGUAUGAAGAGGCCAUGAGUUCACUGCUGGAGCUGUUUCAGUCAACCUUUAUGCCAGGUAGAAGACAAGCUAAGAAAUUUGAAGCCCACAGCUUCUCUUGUUUGGCCCCUGUCAUUGUCACUAAUCGUGAGAUAGCAGAAAAACAGCUGGCAUUCUGGUACUUUGAAGAUCAGCUUGCCUAUGUUUAUCAGAAGCUUGUCAGACAACUCACUCAGGUUGCUCAUGACACAGUGGACAAGAACAAGUUGAAAGGAAUACAAAGUCUUGUUGAUUUGUUGAAAAGUAAUCCCAAUCAAGAGCCUAACCUUAUUGUGGAGGCUAUUAUUAACAAGUUAGGUGAUCCCUCAAGAAAAGUUGCUGCACAAACCAUGUACUGGUUGAGAACACUACUUCAGAGACAACCAGCACUCAAAAUCCAAGUUGUAACUUCAGUUGAGGUGAUGCUGUAUAGGCCAAAUGUGAAUGAAAAAGCUCAAUACUACUGCCUUUGCUUUUUAAAAGACUUGAUUUUCUCCGAUGAUGAUAACAGGCUUGCUGCAGAACUUCUUAAACUGUAUUUUGGUUUUUUUAAAGCUUGUACAAAAAAGGGAGAAGUGGACACUCGACUUAUGAGUGCCCUGUUGCGAGGGAUCAACAGAGCUUUCCCCUACUCCCGGCUGGAAGGCAGUGCUUUAGAGGAAAAGCUUGACACAUUAUACAAGCUAUGUCAUCUUGUCAACUUUAUCAUAGCUACUCAAGCUCUUCAACUGAUAUACCAAGUAUUGAGCAACAAGCAGCAAAUUUCUGAUAGAUUUUAUCAAGUGAUGUAUAGACAGAUCCAAGACCCUGCCUUUGGAAUUUCAUCAGCAAACAGUGCCUUUUUGAACUUAUUAUUCAAGGCUCUAAUAUCCGAUGGGUCACUGCAAAGGAUUCAAGCUUUUAUCAAGCGUCUGCUACAGACAACACAGUACCUGAAUUCACACAUGACAUGUGGUAUUUUGUACCUUAUUUCGGAAGUAAUAAAAGAAAAACCAGGACUCAAGAAGAUGACCCAAACAUUACUACAAACCAAUUUAAAUGAUGAUGAUGGCUUAGAGGUCUUCUCAGAUGCAGAAGACAUAGAUGAAAUUGAAAAUCAAGAGGAAAGUGUUGAAAAUAUUAAUAAGGAAUUGACAGAUGUUACUAAAAAUUAUCAAGAAAAGUUUCCCUCUGCAUCAAUUGAAGAAAAUAAAGUCAAAAUUGAUUGUUCUGAAAUGUCUUCUAGUAAACCUAAUAUAUUUUCAUCAUGGAUGCAUCGUGGACCAUCAACAACUGCUCUUACAGUUUAUGAUCCCUACCACCGUAACCCUUUAUAUUGUGGGGCUGAAUAUAGUCCUGUGUGGGAACUUGGAUACCUUAAGGCACACUACCACCCAUCUGUAUCACUGUUUGCAAGCAAACUCAUAAAUGGCGAAGCUAUUGAGUAUUCUGGAGAUCCACUUCAAGACUUCACACUCAUGAGAUUCCUUGAUAGAUUUGUCUACAGGAAUCCCAAGAAAAUGACUGGCCAAAAAGAUGGUGCAGGUGGAAAUGUACUAGGUCGACGAACACAAUACAUUCCUCUUGGUGCUCGAGGAAUUGCAGUUAACAGUGAACAAUUCAGUUUACUAGAUCCACAGAAAGUACCAGAAGAUGAACACUUCUUCCACAGGUACUUCACACAAUACAAGACUAGAGUGAAGAAAGAGCCGGUGGAUGAGGAGGAUUCUGGUAGUGUUGAAGAUGAAGAAUUUGACCAGUAUCUUGGCAGGAUGCAAGGGGUGGGUGCUGAUGAUGAAUUGGAUAUGGAUGAUGACAUAGACUUUGCUGCUGGAACCACCUCCACUUCUCAUAUUGAUGAAGAGGGUUUGGAAAGUGAUGAAGAUGACAACAUGAGUGAUGAAGAGCUUGAUGAUGGGAAUGAAGAAGAACCAAGUUUUGGUGGUGGCAGUGAUAUUGAUGAUGAUGGGCAUUGGCAAGAGUUCAGUGAUAAAGAUGAUUUGGAUGGACUUGACAAUGAUGAUCUAAACUUUGAUGAAACAGAAGAAUUUUCAAAUGAUGAGAGUUUUGAGGUGGAGAAAUCAAUGAAGAAAAAGAAAAGUGGAAAAUUCUCCCAUAAACCGUCGAAGAAAAAAGGUUCCGAUUCCCUGAGCUCAAUGUUUGCUAGUGCUGAGACUUUUGCCCAUUUACUGGAAGAAAAUGCAGAAGGGAACAUGAACCCUAACACAACUCAGUCAAUGGCAAAUAAGGACAGAGCACAUGCCAAGCAACUCAACUGGGAAGUAGACCGUGACCAGAACAUGAAAGGAAAUGAGUGGCACAAGAAAAAGCAAGGAAAGUGGCAUGGUACAGGACAGCGCCAUGAAGGAUUCAAGAAUAGGAAGGCUAGGAGUCAGUUUAUGGGUAAAAGAGGAGGAUUUAAGAAAUCUAAGAGGGGCAGGAUGCAUUAAAUAUAUAUUAUUACUUUGUUAAACCUGUAUUAUGUAUGAUUGUUUUAUUACAUCUCAAAUCUUGUAUUUGGCUGUAAAUAGUAUUAUCUGUAAUAAAUCUUUUAAUAUCA